AUAACUGAAGGGGUGGAGACUGUGACUGGAAAGGGUCGGGUAUUUCUCCGUCGUGUAACUUGGCACUGAAUUAUUAACUUGCGUUUCCUGGAGUGGAAAAGACGGACAAACAUAUCGAAAACUUUCUACAGAGUAGGAGAAGGAAGACGGGUUGAAGAGUCGCACCAUGUCCGUUUCUGUUACCACCGCUGGAGACCAUGUGAUCGUGGUUCAGGUCUUUCCCAAAGGAGAGGAACCUGCGAACCUGCAGCCUAUAGACUCCAAAUCUGAGCAUAAACCAUUGGUGGAGCCGGAGUCCAAAUCGCCCAAGGAGGAGAACACAUACCCAGCCAGUCAACAGAAAUCGCUUGGGAUUAUACAAAUCAUGACCGGCCUGUUGACAGCAGCCUUGGGUGUCACCCUCCUAUUCAUCGGAAUUCCUCUCCUCUUGGCCCCCAUGUGGACAGCAGCAGUGUACAUCAUUUCGGGAGCCCUCUGUGUCUCUGUGGGGGCGCCUAAAGGAAACCGUCCCUGUUUGCUGAAAGGGACCCUGGCAAUGAACAUCAUCUGUGCCCUGAUGGCUGUGACCGGUAUAGUCGUCACCUGCUUAGGCCUGGCCAUAACAGUCACGUCGGACAGAUACAGCUCCGAUGUGGAUUACGAGUCCAGUAGUUAUUCGAACAUGUAUUGGGACUACCAGGGAAUGAGACGCCGUUUCCAGACCGCGAAGUAUGGCAUUCUAGGGCUGCUCCUGGUUCUGGCUGUCCUCGAGUUCUGCGUGGCUUUCGCCGCCUCUGUCCUCGCCCACAGGGCCAUACGACGCUCCUCUGGUGGCAUGCAGAGUGACGUGACAGUGCCCAUCGCUGCUAAUUUGGUGUUCACCGGAUACAGCGACGUUAAGCCCCUGCUGAACGACGUGCCGAGCUGCCCACCGCCGGCCUACGAUGCCUGAAUCACCUCGCCUCAACUAAAUCAGGGGAACGUGCGCAUGAGUCCCUCUGGUGGCGAAUCCGUUAAAUUACACGGAAUUUACUUCUGCCUUCACGUGGCCUGAUACUGCGCUGUCACUCACUGAAAUAACGCAUACAUCCCUUUUACUGUCUUAUGCUCCUUCUCUUCUGAUAGUUACUCAUUUCUGGGUUUCCUCUGAAGUGCAAUGUGUUAUUUUGUAUAACGUCUCAGAAUAAUUAUCAUAAUCAUUUAGGGAGCUAUGGGGUUGGGAGAUGUACUACCUUAGUCUUCAUUAUGGAAAAGAGAGCUUUUUGUGAAAUAUAUCUGGUUCUUUCCUUGGCUUUUGAGCUUACUGAUUAAAAAUAUAUUGUGGCA